CCCGCCUCUCACAUUUCCCGCUCCGACGAAACCCUAACCGCGAAAAAUGGGUACUAAGCACCAGUCCUCCGACCCAAUCACCGACCCCAAGAAGAAAAGGCGUGUCGGUUUUGCCAAAAUAGAUGCUGGAGUUGAAUCUAACGAGUGCAUCAAAAUUUUUCUGGUUUCUAGCAAAGAAGAAGUGGAUUCUCCAGACAGCUUCUGCAUAGAGCCAGUUGACUUGACUCACUUUUUUGAAGAAGAUGGAAAAAUUUAUGGUUACCAAGGAUUGAAGAUCACUGUUUGGGUCAGUAGCAUAUCUUUCCAUGCAUAUGCUGAUAUCACUUUUGAGAGCACUUCUGAUAAUAUUUUCGGUGAGAAUCUUGUUGAGAAAAAAGAUGACUUCCUUCAAACUUUUUCAACUGAUUGUCACUAUAUUAAAUCUAUUGUUUCGAAUGGGGAGUUACUGCAGCAAAAAGCCUCCAAGGGAUGCAGUGGUGCUUCUAAUUGUCACAUUAGAUCCGAGUCUUCUGAUAUGGAGGUUUUUCGGAUUGUGGGUGAACCUGUUGGGCACCUCUACUGUCGAUUGGUACCUUUUGUGCUGCUUCUUGUAGAUGGGAGCAAUCCUAUUGACAUCACCGAUUCAAGAUGGGAAAUUUACCUAUUAGUGCACAAGGAAAGUAAUCAGCCGGAGGACAGCGCACUUAGAUUGCUUGGUUUUGCAGCUGUUUAUCGUUUUCAGCGAUACCCUGACAGUAUGCGACUGAGGCUUGGUCAGAUACUGGUAUUACCUCCUUACCAACGCAAGGGUCAUGGCCGUUUCCUUCUAGAGGUGCUCAACAAUGUUGCAAUAUCUGAAAAUGUUUUUGACCUGACAGUUGAAGAGCCAGUGGACUCCCUUCAACAUGUGCGAACCUGUGUUGACGCACAGCGCCUGCUUGCUUUUGAACCAAUCCAGGAUGCACUUCAGUCAGUUGUCCUGCGUCUAAAGCAAGAAAAUCUAUCAAAGAAAAGCCACACGUGUCAAUUUGGCCCACCAUUGACUGCUGUUGAAGAUGUCAGGCAAAGUCUGAAAAUUAACAAAAGACAGUUUCUACAGUGUUGGGAGGUUCUCCUCUACAUUGGCCUUGAUCCCAUUGAGAACUACAUGGAGACUUACAGGACUAUCAUCUCUGAUCGUAUAAAAGCUGAUGUCAUAGGGAAAGAUUCUGAAGUUGCACGGAAGCGGGUGAUUGAUGUUCCAACUGAAUACGAUCAGGAAAUGUCUUUUGUCAUGUUCAAGUCACAGAAUGGUGAGCCUAAUACCAUUGAAAUGGAAGAUAAUCAAACUAAUCAAGAGGAGCAAGUGCGUCAACUAGUUGAUGAAAGGAUAAAAGAGGUCAAGUCAAUUGCACAGAAGGAAUCUUUGCACCGUUCAUGAAGACUUAGGGAGCCAUCUUGAUGCAUCUUACUCUAUAACGUCCAUGCAUUAUUUGCCGAAUGACGGAUGUCGGGUUUCCUAUAGAUGCAGAGGGGUUGGGAGUUGUUGAAGCUUCUCUGUAAAUGAAUGAGUCGUACCUGCUUAUUUAAACUCGGCUUAUUAUGCAGUCGUAUUGUUCAGAUUAGCUAAAGGCUCAUCAUCUAUGUAAACCUACCUAACCGAAACUCCAAUUAUGCUGAUGUAUUGCCU